ACAUCCACAGGCGCCCAAUGGCGGUUCCCCUGUAGACUGGACACCUUGGGUGGUAUUGCGCUGAUCGUCACUUAUUCAUCUCUUGUCUGUUCUUUUGGGUUUCAACCUCACUCUUUCCUUUACUCACAUACUUUGUCUCACUCUUACCUCCAUUCUUGCAACGCGAUUGGAAACUUGGGCUGUUCUGUAAGGUUGCUGCUGUGGCAACUAUCGGCGACAGUGAUGCGCAGUCAGCUGAGCCUUCCUGUUGGACCUAUGUCAAGGCAAGCAAGGCAAGUAAUCUCUUGAAAGUUUCUGUGGCACUGCUGUUUUCAAUCUAAGUCUUUCGACUAUGUUUGAAACGAAUUAAGAGGACAAGGACUAGUGUGUAAUAAGCUUUGCUGAUUGAAAAAUCAAAUCCAAGAAUGGCUAAAACCGACGAUGGAGAGUUUCAAAGAGUCAAUGGAUUUGAAAGGCCGUUUGAUACUCUGCAACUACUUUCAUGGAUCAUGUUUUCAUUUAUGGUUUUCUCGUUUUUCCUGGUUGUGAUGCCUUUGGAGGAAGAUAAAUCACGUUUGAUAGCAAUUACUAUUGUUUAUGCUUUAUUGCUACUUGCUGUUGUCUUAUUAGCUGCCAGAACAUCUGCUCUCAAUCCCGUGGACAGAACUAUUGAUGAGAAGCUACAAGCAACGCCAAGAGACGUUCCAACGGGAGAUUUGCUCUAUUGCAGUUACUGCAAGUGCAAGGUUCACAAGAGGAGCAAGCAUUGCCGACUCUGCAACAAAUGCAUAAGGAAUUUUGAUCAUCACUGCAAGUGGCUCAAUAAUUGUGUGGGGUCUGUCAACUACCCUCCUUUCUUUAUGCUGAUAUGCAUAACUUUUCUUUUCACUCUCCUUCAUUCGGUUUGGAGUUUUGUAAUUUGGAAGAGAUUGUGGGACGAAAGGAGCUCAAAAGCCUACUUUUAUGAGUCUUUGCAGUACUUCCGAGGGUCUUCGCACACUGGACUUCUCGUCUUGGUUUUCAUUUCAUUCGUUGCAGCGGCGAUUGCAUGCAUCCUGCUGCUGCAGCUGGUUCUGUUCCACAUCUAUCUCCAGUACACCGGGAUGUCUACGUACGAUUACAUUCUCAGUCGGAGGGACAAGAAGACAAGGCAAAAGAACUUACGCGAAGCCAAAAAUAAGAUCGUGCCUGUCAGCGAGAAGUCCAAUCAAAUCCCCAAGAUCCAAGAAGUCGAGGAAACUUCUUGGGAUCUCGCUGAGAUGCAAGCGGCAGAGAACCAGGCGAAGGGUUACGAGCUGCCGACGGAGAGGAACAGAGGGAGUGGGCUGGAAGGGGAAGGCAACAGACGACAAUCUCUGCCCGCGAAGUUAAGUCCGACGGUAGCCUCGGAAGAGGAAACGGCCCGAGACGAGGAGGAGAGUCAAGCUGCGUCAAAUUUGCCAAAGGAGAAGAAGCUGGGAAAGCUGCGUCCUUUGCCUGUAAAACUUGCGAACUGAUCCGAACUAAAUGUGAUUGAGGAUUAAAGUGCAUGUAAAGUAA